UUCGGUUUGAUUCGUGUCUGACCCAAAGGACACACACGAGUGAGAAACCACCAACCGAGUGAAAUAGCGCCUCGCCGUCAUUCAAACCGACACAUGUUCGUGCGCAGUUCACGAAUUAAUCAGUCAUCAAAAUUUCAGUAGUGUCGCGAUGUCUUUAUUUCGCGCCGCGGCUUUGCAGCGCCCAUGCGAGGCCGCGUAGUCGUCGUUAUCUCUCGUCGUGGUCGCGAAUCAACGAAUCACUCGGCGCGCACACGUAACGCCGCGAUGAUUGCUCCGAUUGCUCCGAUUACUCCACAGAAUCAGCAGGCACGCGAGUGAAUUUCACGCAGAAAAUAAAAACGCAUACAGUGCGCGUCCAACUUUCGCCCAAUACGCGUUGCAUCACAUUCAGUAACAAAUUGCAACACGCAGUGAAACAAACGACGAUCGUGUGCGGCUUCGGUGGCUUGUGAUUGGUUGCAAAAAAAGACGAUGGCAGUGAUCACGACUGCGCUGGCCGUCCUCGGCUCGCUGCUCUUCACGCCGUUCUUGAUGAUCUUACUCUGCAUCAUCUUCCUCGCUUCGAUUGGUAAAUCCAUCGGCGUACGACGACUCUACAUCAAAUUAUUACUGAUCAUAUUUGAGUAUGGUCGUGCUAACAUCGAAACAGAACAGAAAAAAAUACGUCCCAAUGAGAGUGUGGACGAAGAGGAAGAGGAAGCACUCAUCAAAAGCACAUCCAACGUACAGGAACUGCAACAGGAUGCAGUUGAAAACAACUCGGCUGCGCUCGCAAAUGGUUUGCAUCCGAACGAGAAAACAAAUGGAAUUCGGUCACAUCCAAGCAGUAAUAAUCUUAUAAAUCGCGAUAAUAAUUUAAUUCUCGUGCCAGAACCGCCUAAAAACGGCGAAAUACCCGUUGGAGAGGUUGCUAAUGAUGAUGCAAAGUCGAAUUCCGGUGAUGAAAAGUACGACUUUCAACUGUCCAAUUGUUUCGAUUUCAUACGCGCUGGCAUGGAAGCAAUCAUCGAGGACCAAGUCACAUCGCGUUUUGAAGCCGAAGAGCUGAAAAACUGGAAUUUAAUGACGCGCACCAACCGCCAUUAUGAGUUUAUCUCAUGGAAAUUGACUGUUAUCUGGGUGUGCGGCUUCUGCAUUCGCUACUUCUUCCUAUUUCCACUACGUGUGCUCAUUUGCUUCAUCGGCAUUGUGUGGUUGAUACUCACCACUGGUUUGGUCGGUUUAAUACCAGAGUGCGGAUUGAAGCGUUGGCUGAAUGAAAUCUCAUUCAAAAGCUCCUUCCGCAUCAUGAGUCGGUCGCUAAGCGGCCGGAUUGUUAUCUACAACCGGCAGUAUCGUCCUGCAAGGGGGAGCGUCUGCGUUGCCAAUCAUACAUCACCAGUGGAUGUACUCAUACUCUCCACUGACAAUAAUUACUCUUUGGUAAUGUGGUUGACUUUGUGCACGGCGCUUGUCGGCUACUUUAACGACGGCCCAUUCAAAAAGUGGCUGAAUGGACACAUCUCAAUGAUGUGCUUUGGAAUACUCUCCGCGGCGUUGUCUUCAGUCAUCACCUAUCACAAUAAAGAGAAUAUUCCUCUGAAUGGUAUCUGCGUAGCCAACCAUACAUCGCCAAUCGAUGUGUUGGUGCUCAUGUGCGAUAAUUGUUACUCACUGAUUGGGCAGAGACAUGGUGGAUUCCUGGGUGUUUUACAAAGGGCUUUGGCGCGUGCCUCGCCGCAUAUUUGGUUUGAACGCUCGGAGGUUAAAGACAGGCAUGCUGUUGCUGCAAGGUUGAAAGACCACGUUUCUAAGCCAACCAAUCCGCCGAUUUUGAUCUUCCCGGAAGGCACUUGUAUUAAUAAUACAUCUGUGAUGCAGUUUAAAAAGGGUAGCUUUGAAGUUGGGAGUGUAAUUUAUCCGGUUGCGAUUAAAUACGAUCCGCGGUUUGGCGACGCGUUUUGGAACAGUAAUAAAUACUCGAUGAUGCAGUAUUUGUACAUGAUGAUGACCAGUUGGGCGAUUGUCUGCGAGGUGUGGUAUUUGCCGCCGAUGACGCAAAAGGAGGGGGAAACAGCGAUUGAUUUCGCUAAUCGUGUCAAGUCUGUGAUUGCUACGCAAGGGGGACUUGUAGAUCUUGUUUGGGAUGGACAGCUAAAAAGAUCGAAACCAAAGAAGGAAUGGCGUGAGCGACAACAAGAGGAAUUCAGCAGACGCCUGAAAGUAGAAUAAGUUGCUAAAAACGAUUAAACAAUUGCUUAGAUUCAAUGUGAGAUCGUCAUUUGUAGCCAGAGUCAUACUUAAAUUAUUAUUGUGAUGAGUCGAUUGUCAGACGGACCAAGCGUAGCAAUGUAGUAAUCUAGCGGAAUUUGUAAUGCGCGUGCGCGAUUGUAAUGAAACAGGGUGACGAUGUGACGAUGUGACGAUAUUUCUAGUUCUAGUCCAUUUAACCGCACACAACACUCUUACACUCACUGUUUGAUUCAUUUCUUUCACGAGAUUGUAUUUGUAUUAUAUAUAUACCUAGCGAUACGAGAAUGUACAUAAUAUUGCGUUGCUAACUUUUUUAUUCAUAAGAGAAGUAUUUUUUAAUCGUCAUUCAAAACAUGAACUCAUCUUGUAAAUGUAAAGAAACUUAACUAGUUCGAAGAAGUAUUUUUCUAUGUAUACUGUAGAUUUCAUAACAAACAAACAUGUAAUACUUUUUUCUUUUUGUUUUUUGGUAAUGCGGGUGUAUCUUAGUUGUAGCUAGUUGUGUAUAACGUAGGCCUACGCUUUAAAAAUCAAAACAGAAACAAAUGAACUGUUAAGACUGAUAUACUGAUAUAAUCUAACCUAUAAACCAUAUUCUUUGAAAGUCUGUAUACCGUGAACUAAAUAAAAUGGCUGCUGAUAUGUGGAUCAUCAAAAAA